GGCUCCUCUCCGUCCAACUCUUCUCCCUCUCCUCCUUCCCUUCUGGGCAAGCCAUCACCCCGCCGGUCUUCCCUUGCCUACCGAUCGCUCUCUCCUCCUCCUCUUGCUCCUUUCUCCCUCCGUUUGAGUGUGUUUCGGGAAGAGGGGGGGUGAGUUAAGGGGUCCCCCUCUUUUGCAGCCGUGUUUUUUUUUUCCAUCCCCACCUCUGCCUGUUCCUUCAUGGCUGGGAGCGAAUGGGACUGGUUUCAGCGGGAGGAGCUCAUCGGACAGAUUAGCGACAUCAGAGUCCAAAAUCUCCAAGUGGAGAGGGAAAAUGUGCAGAAAAGGACUUUCACCCGGUGGAUUAAUCUGCAUUUGGAAAAGUGCAGCCCCCCUCUGGAAGUGAAAGAUUUGUUGGGUGAUAUUAAAGAUGGCAAAAUUUUGAUGGCUUUACUGGAGGUUCUCUCUGGACAAAAUCUGCUGCACGAAUACAAGCCCUCAACCCAUCGUAUUUUUCGACUGAACAAUAUUGCAAAGGCUCUUAAGUUUUUGGAGGAUAGCAACGUAAAGUUGGUUAGCAUUGAUGCAGCUGAAAUAGCAGAUGGAAACUCUUCCAUGGUACUGGGCCUCAUAUGGAACAUAAUCCUGUUUUUUCAGAUUAAGGAACUUACAGGCAACCUCAAUAGGAACUCCUCUUCUUCCAGCCUGUCAUCAGGGCCCAGCGGCCCUGAUUCGGACACCUCUCAUCCCAGCACUCCUAAUGUCGAGAGAAGCAUGUCGGUUUCAGUGAAGGAUCAGCGGAAAACAAUCAAGGCCCUAUUGACCUGGGUUCAAAGGAAAACUAGAAAGUAUGGCGUUGCAGUUCAGGACUUUGCCAGCAGUUGGCGAAGUGGCCUCGCUUUCUUGGCCAUAAUCAAAGCGAUAGAUUCCAACUUAGUAGACAUGAAGCAAGCUUUGGAGAAAUCAUCCCGGGACAAUUUGGAGGAUGCAUUUGGUAUAGCACAAGACCAUCUGGGUAUUGCAAGACUUCUAGAACCAGAAGACAUCAUGGUUGACUCACCUGACGAACAGUCCAUUAUGACCUACGUGGCACAGUUUUUAGAACAUUUCCCGGAACUGGAAGGGGAAGACUUUUCAGAUCCAGACAAGGAAUUUCCAGUUGAAUCUACUCAUGUCCACCUCAGAGAAUCACCAGAGGAAGAAAAACAGGGAAAGGUUUUAAUUCUGAAUGAAAACGGGGAGAACACGUAUAUGUCUCAACUAGACAGAAGCCAGUCGCCUCCCCAUAAAAUCCAUAUGCAUGGUUCACCCCUUGAUCAUUUUCAUAUGGCCGGCGAAGACUUGAAUGCAGAAGAGCCUCAGUCUCCCUGCUCUUUGCCAAUAACAGAACCCAUUGGUUUUCAGUCCUGUUCUGUUACUGACAUUCUUGCCAAUAACGUAAACAGAUCUGAAGGGACUCAAGAGAGCAUGGGCGAUUCAUCGAAGCAGAAUGAUGACCAUCCACCAACCGUUCUUAUGUAUCGCACCCAUUCCGUUGAUAUGACUGAGUCUGAAGAAUUUACUGUGCAGAAGCCAACCAAUGAAACAAAAGGAUCACUUGACAGAAAGACUUGCUCCUUAUCUUGGACUUCACAUCCACCUAAAACUGUGCCAGAACAUCUGUCAAAGAAACUUGAAUAUCCAAUGUCAGAGUCUCAAGAGGAAGACAGUGUGCAAAAGCAUGUAUUACACAUGUUGCAUGAGGAAAUAUCUAACCUUCCAGAAAAGUGUGAAUAUGCAAAGGAGGGGUCUGAUGUGAAGGAAAUGCAUGUUGCUCAUCAGGAAAUUGAUGGACCCAAUUUCAAGGAUAAUUCAGAAGCAUCUGGCCCAUCUGAACGCUGGCCAAUUAGAAACACUCCCAAGAGCUUAGAUAUCACCAAUGAAGAUGGGUCAAUGGCUAUGAUGGCAUCAAAUUCUUCUAAAGUUUCUGUAAUCCCCCAUGACCUCUUUUAUUAUCCACAUUAUGACGUUCCUAUAUCAGCAGUCUUGGAUGCUUUUGCCACUCCAGAAGCAGACCCGUCCCUUUCAGAAAACAACAAAAUCUGCACUGAGCUUCUUGAGAAUUGUUUGGCUGAGAAUGAGCUCCUUAGCCAAAAUAUUGAGGAGGACAUUCCAAAGCCAGGCCGACGUAUCAGUACGAACGUUGCAUCGACGGAAAUGGAUGGUAAAGUCCUGGAAAAGCAGAAAAAAUAUACCCAUAUUCAUUCCAAGUCUUCCCUGAACAAGGCUGCUGUAGCUGGGAAGAACGUGGUGCCCAAGUCAAACAGCAAUGCAACCUCUCCUCAGCAGGAUUCCGCUCACCCGGAUGUCCCUGUGAUUGUGGUAAACCAAUUUGAUCCUGCAGCCGAAGAAAGGAAACUGCCAGAAGAAAGAAGUAAGAGGAAAGAAAAAAGGAAGAACAAGGCAAUUUUCCAAGGAGAAAACGCCCAGAGUCCAAAACCUGGCUCUACGCGGUUACUAGAUAAGCUAGAAGAAGAAUUCACAGAUUAUCAGGGGCUUUCAAGGGUAAGCCACAGUGAUCCCAAUGUUGUUUCCCAAAGAUAUUCUCCUGAUUCAACCAGUAAGCAAAGUGGCAGCACUGAUGUACAGAACAGCAUGGCCACAAGUGAAAUCACAAGUCCCUCUGUCAGGAAGAGAAAAGACCCUGAAAAGAAAGAAGAUCCAGAAAAGGCAGAUCCAACACCUGCCACCACUUCCCAGACAGACCAACCUGAGCUCUUCUACUUCAUUGUUUUCCUCUGGGUCCUUGUCUACUGCUUAUUGCUCCUCCCACAGCUUACUAGCAGCCCGCUUUGAUCUCUGGGAGUGAAUCGGAAUAAUAAAAGAUAGUGGCUUGACGCUUUUGUUUCUGUGCCCCAAAUCCAUUUCUUCAGGAGAUAGAGGUGCCUGCCUGUGCCGGCGCCAGGUUUUUGAGGGCCCUUGGGCAAGAUAUCCUCAAUGGGCAUCCACCUUCAGAGAUUGUACCUUCUCACCACUAUUGUCGCUAGCUGCUAUUGCACCUCGUCCUUUCUCAUUUUUCCUCCCACUAGCUUGCUUGACAGGCAGAGAGCCAGUAGGCAAGUAGGAAAUGACAUCUACUGCUCCUCCUUGUCACUGCCACCAUUGUCUGGGCAAGAGAGAGACAUAGGUGAAAAAGUAGGUUGUAAUGGUGAAGAGAAGCAAGUCCAGGGGGGCCAUGGUCAGUGGGCCUUUGCUGAGGAGUGGUGCCCAACCAUGCCUAGCCUUCAUGCUGGCUUGACACCAGCCAAAGCAACAGGACUUGGGUUAAGAAUGUAAGAAGCACCCUGCUGGAUCAAACCAAAGGGCUUCCCUAGUCCAUCGUUCUGUUCCUACCAUGGCCCACCAGAUGUCUGUGGGAGGUCCAUAAGCAGGACAUGAGGGAAACAGCCAUCUCUCAGAAUUGCUCCCCAGUGAUGGCUAUUCCAAAGCACGCUGCCUCUGAUAGGGGAGGAAUGUAUGGCCAUCAUAACUAGUACCUUUUGAUAGCCUUAUCCUCCAUGACUUUGUUUUAUCCGCUUUUAAAGCUGUCCAUGUUGGUGGGCAUCACUCUACCUAGUUGUAGUGAAUUCUGUAGUCUACUUUCUUUUAUCUGGCGUGAAUCUCCCACCAUUCAGUUUCAUGGGAUAUUCCUGGGUUCUAGUAUUACGAGGGGGGUGGGGGGAGUCUCCCUAUCUGCUUUCUCCACACGACACAUGAUUUUAUACACCUCUAUCAUGUCCAACCUUACUCAUCUUUUUUUCUAAGUUAAAAAGCCUCAGACGUUGUAACUGUUUUUCAUAGGUUUCGAAGCACAUUCCAAAGGGGUUCUUAACUCUUUUAUUGUUGUGUCCAGCUAUAUUAUGAAGUGUCAGCACAAAGACUUUGUGUACAUAUUAUAUAUUUAUAUAGAUAGCUAGAUCUGUAUAGAAAGAAGUCAUUGGGUUAAUGACUUUAUUCAAAAAAUUUGUAUGUUUGUGCCUUGCUUUAUAGGACACUAAAUAAAAUGAAUAAUAUUUGAGGGGGAAAUCCUAGAUUUAAAGUGUUCUAGUCUUCAGAAGUCAUUCUUGUAAUUCUAAUUUAUCUACAGCCAUAAAAUCUGCCAAGUAUAUAUUUGUGUAUGUGUUUGUAAGUAUUUUUAUGUUGUCUUCCCAGUAGAUAUUUUCGGUUGAAGAUUGCCCUUCAUAAAUUGAAACGCAGUAGGACUCUCUUAAGUUAUUAAUAUCUGACAUAUGCAACUAGGAUCAAGCUAGUUUACACUAGAGAAAUCCAGAAUAGCUACUGAGAGCUUGCUUCAGAUAGAUGCCAUAUGGUUUCGGAUCAGAAACUAGCCAUUUUUAUGUUGAAGUAUAUCAGAAGUAAAGGCAGACAGAGCAUUUGGUCGGCCUUCCUCAUCCUGGUGCCCUCUAAAUGUGUUGGAUUACAAUUCCCGUCAACCCCAGCCCACAGAGCUGAUAUCCCUGCUGGCUGGGAAUUAUGGGGGGGGGGGUUGUACCUCAAUACAUCUCAAGGACAUGAGGUUGGGGAAGUCUACUCUAGGUGGAAACAAAAGUGAAAGAGGGGCCUCAUUCAUUUUCAGUGGAAAUGUAGACAAGAAAUAUUACUUGGAACCCUUUGGGGUUUGCGGAUGGUUGAGUGGGGCAAUGGGUAUAAUGAAAAAAAGAUGACAGUGCUGUGUUGUAUUGACCAAGGCAGGAGACUGGCAGUUGUUAGCUUGAGAGUACCAUAUUAGUAGCAGUGAAGAGUUCAAUCCAUGCUCCGUCCUACAUAGCCAUCCACCACUAGGCUUCAUUUUCCUAGCUCUGUCAUGAAGCUGUCACGUGGCUGUCCACCGUUGUGUAAAUGUAAUAUUGGCAAGGUUGUUUCUUUAGAGUCCAUUAUAGUGUGCUUGUCAUACAUGCCAUGUUAUCUCUUUCCAGAACCCACAUUUGCUCCCUGGGUUGGAAUUAGGAAUGAGGAGAAAUUCAUUCAAUUAGCAUUUUAAUGCAAAUUUCCCUAGUUUCAUACUUUCGAACUGCUAUGUGAACCAAAACUUGGUUACCCUUCGAACUUUGCACAUCUCCAAUGAAUUUUUCCAAUUAAAAAACAGUUCAACAAUGUGUGUAUCAGAGCAAAUAAUGUUCGAAAAUGCAUUGUAUAAGGAAAAUUGCCUGCAAAAAUGGCUAUAUUAGACAAAACUACAUGUACGAGAAGAAAUGUGCACAAAAAUGUGAGUUUUCAUGUGAAUUGUUAAAAAGAAUUUUUCAGAGACUUGGAUGAACCAAAUUUAAGAUUGGAGAAAUUCCCAAAGUUUGGGACAAAUCAAAGUAAGAUAAGAAAAAUGAGCAAGUGAGAGAAAACAGCAUGGACAGAUACUAAUCUGUGCAAAACAAAAGUGAUAACUGAUUAGUGUUUAAAAGUUAGAUAAGUUAAUAAAAGGGUUUUUUAAAUUAAAUCUGCCCAGAAAUAACCCACAAUGCCUUGGCGUGACCUAGGUCCUGUUAAGACAACACACUAAACCAUGGUUAGGCUGCUAACCCUUUUGCAGCAAAUGGUUGGUGAGCAUUGUGUAGCCACCAUGGUUAUGAAUGGUUCACACAAGUUAAGUCAUGGUUCUCACGAAACAAUAAACCAUCAUGUUUAGGUCAAAAUGCUUAACUACCAUAGUUUAGUGUGUCUUCUGAAUAGGGUCAUAAUUUGGUUGUUUUGUAACAUGCACUCCUGUUUUGCCCAGCAUCCCAAUCACCAAGGGAAAUCAGUUGGAUGCAGUCCCCUGAGCUUUCUCCAAAGCUUGAUGUGGCAUGUUGUGGCAUUUUGUUUUGUAUUUUUUAAAAAGGAAGUCUUCUAUAAAGAGCAGAGGGACAUCUCAUUUGAUGCUACUGAUUAGCCUUGCCCUACCCAAAAUAAGUCUUCCUCUAUCUGAAAAACAAGGACAACAUCAUCGACAUCAUCAUCAUCAUUCCAAACCACCACCCACCUUUUCAUUUUAUUGCUUAUUGAAUAGCCAUUCAAGCCCCAGAGGCCACAGGUUAAGCCCCACACAGUCUGCCGCCCCAAACUCUUACAAGUUGAUAGUUCAUGCAGACUAUCAGAACAGGGUUUAUUCUGUCUUAUGAACAGGGUGUUGCUACGCAUUUAAAAGAUUUGGGGCUCGUUUCCAUAGGACACAAAUCUGCAUAUGCUGAUCUUAUAUCUACAUUUGCAAAAGCAGAAAUAAUGGCUUAAGAUUUAUUUAAACUGCACAGGAGGCAGAGCCACCAAUUAAAUUCUCAAAUCAUCUCAAAAUAAAUUCUUAAUUUGCACCCUGAUACAGAUCAUCCCAAGCCAAAGGAGAAAGUCCCCCCCCCAAAGCUUAAUUGCCAUGCAGAGGAAGAUGCAGGCAGAGGGGGUGGGGUGGGAGUGCAGCAAGUGGGAAGGGGGAGUUAACCCUUCCCUUCCCGGCUGCAAUCCCACCGAAAAUUGCCCCCUGCAUGGCAAUUAAACUAAAGGGCAAAAGACCUUCCAUUGGCACCAAGUAAAACUCUGUGAAAUAGAUCUGGGGCACUAGAUAGCUCCAGGCUUAGCAAUGCAAACAGAGUUGGAACAUCUUGUUAUGCUUACAGAACACAACAUCUGGCCCACAUCUCAGUGGCCGCCUACAGCUCCUGUCAGGAUUUGAAAAAUGCUGUUGUUCGAAGCCAAAAAUGUAUCCUUUGCUCUAGCUUUUGCAGGGUGUUUGUAACCUUGACCUCUUGCCCAUGAAUGGUGCAGUCGUCAGCCUGUUGACCCAAAAUCAGGUCCCAAUGUAUUCAGGGAGCUUAUUCUCAGGGAAGUGUGCCUAGGAUUGCAAGCUAACGGGUACUUCCAGGUGGGCAGAUGCUGGCACGGCUCAAAGACGUUGUGGAGCUAUUCCAUCUUUUCCUCAAGGGAUUUUUUUUGGGUAGGAAAGCUGGGCGUAAGGCCAUCCAGGAGUCCUUUGGACUCCCCAGUUGCUCCCUCCUCCCCCUACCCAGGGCCGCUGCUGCCAGGACUUGCCUUCCUAUGCAUACUCCUCCCUGAGAACUGAGCCAUAAUUUAAAGUAACGAUCAUGGUGGCUCUCUUUUUAAUAGUUCUAUGGCCACAAACUAGGCCUUUCAUGGCCACUAUAGUUUGUGGUCUAUUAAAAAAAGGCGCCCCCGUGAUUUAAAUCGCAGCUCGGCUCUCAGGGAGGACACAUGGCAAGGUAAGUCCCAGCGGCGGGGGGAUGAGGAGGGAGGUGAGUAUGGUGAGUCCAAUGGACUCACAGCCAGCCACAUGCUGGCUUUUCCAUACAGAUGGGCGGACAGGGAUAGUGGCCCACCAUUGGCCUGAGGCACUCUGAGGCUUCAGUGCUGAUCUGCUUCAGGGUGCCUCGAGCUAACCCAGUACUGCUUCAUAUUUGAGUUGAGGCAGGCUGAAUUGGUCCACCUCGCCUCAGAUUCAGGGAUUUGGCCCGAGGCAGUGCACACCCCUACACAUAAUUACCAAAGUAGGCUGCCACCAUCACUUACGUCCACCUCAGCUUGAGCCAGGGGACUCUCAGAUGUUACGGCACAUGCCUAGGCUUCAGAAAUAAGAGCCUAAGCACCCUCUAUUUCAAGCCCUAAGCCUGAAACUUUAAAGAGUAGCAAUAACCAAAUGGGAAGCUCUGAAUUUAGUACUAAGGUUUAAUUGGGAGGACUCUUGAGGUAGAUGUUAAGUUUAUUUACAUAGGGUAAGGGGAAAAUAGAAGAGGCAUAGAAGAGCCAGAGCAUGUUUGGAAAUGAUAGUUCAGGCAGAAAAUAACAAAACGUGAGGCUUCACAUAGAACAGGGCCCUAACUGUGACAAGUCAAAAGCAAGAUCAUAGAAUCAUAGAAUAGCAGAGUUGGAAGGGGCCUACAAGGCCAUCUAGUCCAACCCCCUGCUCAAUGCAGGAAUCCACCCUAAAGCAUCCCUGACAGAUGGUUGUCCAGCUGCCUCUUGAAUGCCUCUAGUGUGGGAUAUAGGACGAAGACUAAACAGAAGACAGGAUAGCCAUAGCGUCUGCCUUUUAUACUCGAUAGCUUUUGACAAAUGUGAGGUGAGCCUCUUUAGCCAAUCACUAGCUGGCUGAAUUGUUUCUUCGGGCUUUCGGGAAGGGGUAGGAUAUUCCCACAGAAGCCCAGCUGAAAUCAUUCUGUCUCAUUAGGCAAAACUUCAGCUCUGGACUUGAAGCCAGAACAACACGUGAUAACAAGCAAGUGGUUUAAUUAGUCUGUGCAGGCCCAGCUCCAUGAAAUGGAGUUUUUACAGGCAGCUCAAUCUAAAAAAGAAGCAGAAAAAAAAAAGAUUUCUUGACACUCAUGCUUCUAGAGGGAAAAUCCUGACACCCACAGAUAUAAUUUAAAAACAAAACCAAAUCAAUCCUCCAGAUUGCAGAACAAAAUGUGAGAAUGUUAAACAAAAAUGAGAGGACACAUAGCCUGAUUUUUUUUAUUAUUAUUCCCUGAGCCCUUCUUAACUCUGCUAUCAAAUUGGCACAAGGCAUUAGGGUGUACUGAUGCAACCCUCUUAGCUAGGACCAGGGAUUAGAUGGCUUUUGGCUGAUGUGGACAAAUUCAUCAGCUAUAGGAUAGCUUUAUUUGCACUAGCUGCAAGAAAAAUAAGAGCAGCCUUUCUAAAUCAUACCACUGUCAAAUCCUAAGGGGGUUAAACAGAAGGAAUGUUCUAAAUCCUGAUCAUUUUAUUGUAUUCUUGUUAUUGUAUCAAACUAGGACCAAGGAGAUGUAGGUUCAAAUCCCUACAGCCAUGGAGCUCACUGGGUGACUCUCUCAGCCUAACCUACCUCGCAGUGUUGUCGUGAGGGUAAAAAAAAGAACUGUACACCGCCUUGGGCAACUUGGGAAAAAAGCAAGAUAAAAAUGUAAAAUAGAAACAAACUUUCUUCAUUCACACUACUGUACACCAAUUUUCUCUCUUGCUUGCAGAGUACAGUUUUUGUUUAUUAAGGCUACUACCCUAUAUCCACUUACGGGGAGUAAGGCCUGUUAAACUCAACAAGAUUUCUGAGUAAAUACUAAUAGGAUAGUGCUGUUAAUUCUAACACUGGAGAUCUGAAGUCUAUACACUAGUAAAAUUUGGUUUAUUCAGGUUUGGGCAGGUAUAUUACCAUUUUUCUUGAGCGGGGACAAUCUGAAACAUGGUGUUACUGAGAAGGGUUUAUUUUUGAAGCACAGAAAUAAAUGAGCACAUUCUGUACUUCUGGUAUGUUUUCCUGGUCAGUUAUACACUGAAUGUUUGCACUUAAUCUCUGAAGUUGGAACCAAGAGCAAAAGGGAUUUAUUUUCUUUGCAAACCCAUUGAUCUGUAGUAAUAAUUAAAAAAAAGAGAGGAUGCAAUAGUGAAUGGCUUAAAACGUUAUUUUCUAAUGCCUCGAAUUUUUAAAUAAAUAGAUGGAU